CUCAGCCAUCAUGCCAGAGCCGGCUAAGUCCGCUCCUGCUCCUAAAAAGGGCUCAAAGAAAGCUGUUACCAAGGCGCAGAAGAAAGACGGAAAGAAGCGCAAGCGCAGCCGCAAAGAGAGCUACUCUAUCUAUGUCUACAAAGUGCUGAAGCAGGUCCAUCCAGACACCGGCAUCUCGUCCAAAGCCAUGGGCAUCAUGAACUCCUUCGUCAACGACAUCUUCGAGCGCAUCGCCGGCGAAGCGUCCCGCCUGGCACAUUACAACAAGCGCUCGACCAUCACUUCCCGGGAGAUUCAGACGGCCGUGCGCCUGCUGCUUCCUGGCGAGCUGGCCAAGCAUGCUGUGUCCGAGGGCACCAAGGCUGUCACCAAGUACACCAGCUCCAAGUGAGUC